CAGCAACUGACAGGUGUUGUAAAGCCACGGCGACAACAAAUUAGACAGCCGGUUGCUAAUGAAUGCUUUUUGAAGUUGAAUUAUUUGGCAAAUGAUUUGUAACAUUUUUACGUCUUUUAUAUUCCGACAUUGAUUUUACAUAACACUAGAGGUUUUUCUUUUCUACGGUGUUUGUUAUGAAUAAAUUUUACGAAGACGAGAGAACUCUCUUAAACAACCUAGAAUAUUCAAAGCGGCUUGAAGAUGUCAAACGAAAAUUGGCCGAACAAAUACAACAGGAGUUCUCUUUCGGCGAAAGGACAAGCCAGCCUGCAAUCAUCAAGAAGGACAAAUUUCUCUCUCAUCCAAGACUAUGCUCUGGAUCGGAUACGACCAUAUCGAUUUCGCCAAGAAACAGCAGUGGAACCAGAUCUAAUACGAUGAACUCAGGCAUCUCCCGAAAAAAGACUUACAAAAAGUGGACCAAUCCUACCCGACCUGUUAGCGUAUCUCAUCAGAUGGACGUUGACAUUGGAGAUACUUACGAGAAUAGGUCGUUAAACUCCUUCAGAGUCGACGAGAUCAAAGAAGAACUCAAAAUUUUCUACCACAAAUUUCAACAGAAAACGCCCUCUUCUGCCAAUCCGCAAUCGCGUGGUCAAGAUUCUCAAAAAAAUCACGUCGUUCCAAGGGAGAUAAGCGAAGCUGUUUUUGAAAAAAAGUUCAAGGGGUUUGUUGAGAAAAGCGUGCAGUCCAUUUCUGAUAUUAGGGAUCUCAUAGAUAAAGGAAUAGAACCACCAGAUGGAGAUGAAGAUAUAUCAAGGAGAAUGUUGCGUGUAAAAGAAUUUGCCAAUAGAUUUUCAAGAAAUUAUUUAUAUCCACUUGUCAGACAGAUUGACGAAUUGAGCAAGUGGAGAUCUUUACAUCAAGGCUCUCAUCAAAAGUUACUUUCUGCUUACCAAGUGAUCUACAAUGGUCUACAGGCUUACCAGAAUCAUCUUCCAACUUCAAUUGGUGCUUGUUCGUCUGAUAAACUGAAAGUCCUUAUGAAACAUUUACUGGAUAUUUGUGAUAUACACUACAAGUUGCUGCCAGAAGACGACGAUAGAAGUUACAAGGAUUUUUUAAUAACCUUCAGACUGAAUGCAGAAAUGACCUUGAAAAAAAUCGAAGACCAUUUCGUUAAUAAUUAUGCCGGAAUAUCGCCCCCAAUAAAAGUAGGUAAUGAAUCCAAGUUACCCAAACAGAAAAAACCAAAGAACAAUAUUCAAGAAAGGCUUUACAUGUACAACUCGACAUCUGCAUUUAGAAAAGAACCAUUAUGGAGACUGGCUGCUGAAGCAUUUGCCAGGGACAAAAACAAAAACAUAAAAUCUCGUUACAAAACGGCUGGAUUCAAACAUCGUCCUCCGAUUAUUCGUGGCAAGACGGAUAUCAGUUCUGUUCCCGAAAGUCAAACUAAACUUUCAAACAAAAAGUAUUUUUGUAUUUUCAAAAAGCAAUCUACGCACACCCCAUUCAACGAAGACGAAAUUGCUACCAUGAUUCAAAUGGAAGACGAAAAAGACAAAAGUGAUAAAAGUGAGGGAAAUGGAGGAGAGAAACAAGAUGAGAAUAAACAAACGCCAGUGAACGUCGAGGAAAUCGUGUUGAAACUGCUCCAGCUGGUGGUAGAUAUCAAUGCGCGAAAAAAAGACAACAAUAGCGAGGAAAACAUUAGGAGGAACAGAGAUGUAGAAAAGAUCAUGGACAUUUUGGAAAAGAUGAAGAAAGGCGCUGAUUUUGAUUCGUUGAAAGACGUUUUGAAGGAAUUGCAAGACGAUAAUGCCUGCAAAGAAACAUUAGAAUUGAAAAUUAUUCAAAGUGCUGAAAGUUUUCGUAAUAAUUCCAAAAAUGACAUAAAAGAACCAACUGUGACCGUCUCAGACCCCAAAAAUUCGAAGUUAAUCUGUAAUCAAGACAACGACACUGCCACAGAAAGCGAAAACGACUUCAUAAAAGAAGAUGUCGGAACGAGAAAAGCAAAAACAGUUGCUGUGAAAAGCGCAUCUUCCUGCCACCAACCGGUCACCGAGAAAGAAAACAAAAACACGCAUAGACCAUCUACAUCAUUCAGCGUGAAAAAAUCAUCAAAGUCUUCCAAAUAUUUGCAGAUGCUGCCCAAAGAUUAUGCUGUAAAUAUUAUUCAGUAUAAAAUUGAUUUUGGGAAGCAUUGUAAUAAAAAUCCCAUGUACAAGAGGACUACGAAGAUUUUGCCUUGGGUGAUGAUGGCUAACUUGUCGGAUGAAAUCCUGAACCUGGUUCUACUUGGAGUGACCAAAGAAGUAGAAAUAAGUGAAGUAGUAGAAAAGAUGUAUCAGUCUGAACUACAGUUUUGUUAAGAUUGUAAUAUAGAAAAAAAGAGAUGAAAUAAAUACAAAUAAGACAUAA